UUCUUCCGUCUGUAACGAUACACAUACAUCGUAUACUACAAUUAUGGGAAAUUAUACGCAAAGGCCAAAAGCUCAUACUCCUAUAUAAAUACAACUCAACUCACUCAUAGCAUUUGCAACCACUUCAUAUUUCGCAAACAACUCCUCUGUUCUCUCUCCCCCAAUGGAGUGGAGCAGAGGGCCCUCCAUCGGCCGAGGCGCUUCCGCCGCCACCGUCUCCAUCGCCACUUCCACCUCCGGCGAGCUCUUCGCGGUCAAGUCUGCCGAGCUCUCUAGCUCUGGCUUCUUGCAAAGAGAGCAAAAUUUUCUCUCCGAAUUGAGCUCCCCAUACAUCGUUCAAUACAUGGGUUUCGAAAUCACAUGCGAAAGCAACAAACCCAUCUACAAUCUCUUCAUGGAAUACGUUCCCGGUGGCACGGUUUCGGAUGAAAUUAAGAGGCAAGGAGGUUCGCUCGAUGAGUCUGUGAUCGGAAUUUAUGCGCGUCAGAUCUUACUGGGCUUGGAUUAUCUUCACUUGAAUGGGUUGGUGCAUUGUGACAUAAAGGGUCAGAAUGUUUUGAUCGGCGAAGAUGGUGUCAAAAUUGCAGACUUGGGUUGUGCCAGAUGGGUGGCGGAGGACGGCGGAGUUGCGGCAGCGCCAUUUUCCGGUACACCGGUGUUUAUGGCGCCGGAGGUGGCGCGUGGUGAAAAACAGGGGUUUUCAGCUGAUGUGUGGGCUCUUGGGUGUACUAUAAUUGAGAUGGCCACUGGGUCUCACCCAUGGCCGGAGGUUAACGACCCUGUGUCGGCUCUGUACAGAAUUGGGUUUUCCGGUGAAGUGCCGGAGCUUCCCACCUGGUUGUCCGAGAAAGCUAAAGAUUUUCUGGGAAAGUGUUUGAGAAGAGAUUACAAAGAGAGAUGGACAGCUAAAGAGCUUCUUCAUCACCCAUUUCUUGAUGAUCUGGAAUCGAAUUCUCCUAAAGUAGAUGAAGAAUUUACCCGGAAUUCUCCAACGACUGUGUUAGAUCAAGGUGUUUGGGAUUCAGUGGAGGUAUCGGAAGCUCACCGGAAUCUGACCCACAUCGGUUCAUCUUCAAAUUUUCCGGCAGAGAGAAUCCGAAAUUUGAUUGGAGAUAGUUCAAAUUUGCCCAAUUGGAGUUGGGAAGAAGAUUGGAUCACUGUUAGAAGCAAGGAGGACAUUGAAGAAACUGUGAUGAUUUCAGAGCAGGACUUCAAUGUCGGACCAAACGAGAGACAAUUAAUUGACAUGGAGUCAUACAAUUUUGCAGCUGUUAAUUUUGAAGAGUUUGGCAGCUCAAUUGUUAUUAAUUUUGAGGCUUUGUUACCAGAAGCAGAGAUCUCUGUUCACACGAUUAGUGAUAUCUAUUGCUCUAGUAUUUCAAUAGGUUUUGUGAUGCUCUGUGAAAGUGUUAAAGAUGUUAUUAUUGUUCCUAGAAUUCUCACUUUAGAGAGAAUGUUAAUGAAAGUUUUGUUCGUACUCAAUUUAAGUGUCGUGUUAAAUCCCUUCUCUUUCUGAAAAAAGAAAAUCCCUUCCCUCUC